GGCCUGGAUCGUGAAACCAUCGGCCCAACUCAUAUAGAACAGGUGCAUCAGAACUCUAUUCACGUUUUGAUGCGUCAUGACCCGAUAAUUCUUUUGAAUAUGCUGCAGUCGACUUCCUAACUUCGGUCACGGUUUAAAUUUCCUCUGCAAAUAAUUUCAAAAAAAAAAAAACUCUGGAGCAAGAUUUAGUAACGAAUGCCUCAUAUUGAACGUUCAGACAGAGGGCUGUUUAUGUGGCACUCCUCUCCCCAGCUCAUUCCAAUUUUCUCUCCCCCUUUUUCACCGCUCUCCUUUCCCUUGAGGAUGUGUGAAUGACCGCUUGGAAUUUCAGUAAUUUGAUGAAAUACUCAAACAAGGUACUUGAGUAGGCACACACUUCAAGACAAUACACGUGAGACCAAUGCCUGCAUGAUUUCCAGCCUUGCUUAUUUUUUAGCCAAUGAGCAGGGUCCACAUCUUAAACGACUUGAAAAUUACACAAUUUCAAGGGGUGCAUGUGUUUUGCACCCGCACCAUGCAAUUUCUCACUAGCCGAUCCAUAUAGUACCUGAAACUGCAUGUUCUGUGCCUUCUCAGGGUGGAGGGACCACAAGGAUCAACCAUAAGCAUCGCUUGCUGGUUAAGCAGAAGCUUCUCCAUUUUGUGGAUGCAUUCCAUCAGUAUGUCAUGGAUAGGGUGUUCCACAGUGCAUGGCUUGAACUCUGCAAAGGUAUGGCAUCUGCAGGCUCUCUUGAUGAAGUCAUAGAAGUGCUCGAGGCCUACGUCUUGUCUAUCCAACGGCAGUGCUUCGUGGCUCCUGAUAAGUUGUGGGCAUUGAUUGCAAGCCGGAUCAAGAGCAUUCUUGGGUUGGCUCUUGAUUUCUACUCCAUACAGCAGACGCUGUGCAGUGGUGGUGCUGUUCCUGCUAUCAAGACGAGAUGUGAAAUGGAAGUGGAUCGGAUCGAGAAACAGUUCGACGAUUGCAUCUCCUUUCUACUCAGAGUACUAUCAUUCAAGCUCAAUGUGGGGCACUUCCCUCAUUUGGCAGACUUGGUUACUAGAAUCAACUACAAUUAUUUCUACAUGUCUGAUAAUGGCAACUUGCUAACCAUCCCCGGCUCAGAUACAACUUCUAAGCUGGGAAAAGCCUUCCGUCAAGACCCGACUCAUAAGGAAUGCUUGGUAUGUUAGUCGAUGACUUGUGUUUUCUUCGGGAUUCAUAUGGGAUUUGGAAGGGGAACAACAUGAUGUAUGACACAGUGGUGUUGCUGUGAGGAGGAAAAUCAUGUCUAAGAUUGUUAGAAGGGUGCUAGCAAGACUAGAAUUCAGCGGCCACUCAUUUUCAAUUUCAAUGGAGAUGUU